GAAUGCCAUCACGAUUGAUCAUCCUUUCAUAUCUCUGGGGCUAAUUUUGAAGGAUCAGAAGUUUCAACCAUUUCUGAAUGUCAACAUGGUCGGGACUGCUUCUAAAUUAGUCUCUAGCGGCGAGUUGUAUCGUCAGUAUGCGGCUGCAGUUCAAAGCGAAAGAGAAUCGAGAUAUAAGGAAAGACUAUUAGCAGGAGGCGUCGGUGGUAUCGUUGUUAGUUUAUUUAUGACUCCUUUCGACGUCGUGAAGAUUCGUCUGCAAGCCCAGCAGAAGCCGUUCAGUCCUGGCGAUCAGUUUUUUCUACGAGAUGGAAUCUUGGAGCACUUAUGCACGUGUUCAAAUGGCAACCAUGUCUCAUAUAACGAGAAUUGUGAAGUGAAUGUACGCAGGAUAGCGUGGUACAAACGACCCAGUCAUUUUAACGGAACAAUCGACGCCUUCCGCAAGAUCGCUAAGAACGAGGGAAUCUCUUCUUUAUGGAGUGGACUGUACCCUUCUAUAUUACUCUCACUGCCCACAGUUACUCUGUACUAUUCAUCAUACGAAUACAUUCGGGACACACUCGGCUACCAGAAGAGACCCGACCUUUUUGUUAUUCCACUAAUCGCCAGUUCUGGCGCGAGAACCAUAGUCUCAACCGCUUUUUGCCCUAUGGAGGUUCUGAGAACGAAAAUGCAAAGCGAAAAAAUGCCUCCUUCGAAGAUUUUUGCUGCUGUUAGAACUCAAGUUACAACUGCAGGCUUUUCUUCUCUCUUUUUGGGCUUAAAGCCAAGCUUGAUUCGUGAUGUUCCGUUUUCAAUGAUUUAUUGGACGCUUUUGGAGCGAUAUAGGAAGAUCCUAUCUAAGCGCUGGAAUAAACCACAAUCGUCUUUCUUAAUCAAUUUUAUUGUGGGAUCUUUCAGCGGAGGUGUCGCAGGAACAGUCACACUACCCUUCGACGUACUUAAGACUCAGGCUCAGAUCGAGCUGGGAUCAGCUAAAUAUGCAAAUACGAAGUCAAUUUCAAUAGUUGAGAGAUUGGCAGCGAUUUGGUUGAAAAACGGAACUAAAGGACUCUUUGCCGGUUUUAUUCCAAGACUGUGUAGAGUCAUGCCAGCAUGCGGUAUAAUGUUGUCAACCUAUGAAGUUAUAAAGCGAGUUUUGUUGGUUGUUAACUAGGAAAAUUUCUAUAUCUUAAAGAGAUGUCAAUGUUGAAUUCUUGAAUUAAUUUGAAGUUUGUAAGUUGGACCGUAAAUUGAAACAGAUCUUUAUUCUA